AUGUAUAGUAAGCUGCUCUCAGAGAUGAUUGUGGGUGUUGCGAGUUCGUCCCUCACUGUGCCUGAUGACAUUAUCUACUCCGUUGUUCCCUUUGUUUCCAACGACGUUCAUUCAUUGCGUUCUAUCGAUUUUGGGGUUCGGAAUUUGCCGACACACGAACUCCCUUUUUCUCUCCUUUUCGAGAUAUUCAACCCCCUUCUGUUCAUUAUCUAUCUUCAUUGUCUUUUCAUAUCUAUCUAUCUAUCUAUCUAUCUAUCUAUCUAUAUCAUCUAUCUAUCUAUCUAUCUAUCUCAUUCUGUUCAUUAUCUAUCUAUCUAUCUAUCUAUCUAUCUCAUAUCUAUCUAUCUAUCUCCGUCUGUUCAUUAUUUAUCUAUCUCUUUCUGUUCAUUAUCUAUCUUCAUUGUCUUUACAUUAUUUAUCUAUCUAUCUAUAUCAGUUUAUUCAUUAUCUAUCUAUUUAUCUAUCUAUCUCAUUAUGUUCAUUAUCUAUCUACAUUACAUUAGCUUUUCAUAUCUAUCUAUCUAUCUAUCUAUCUAUCUAUCUAUCUAUCUAUGA